AUGCCAAAACUGUUCAAGGUCGAGAUUGCCAACAAUGGCGACUGCAAGACCUCGAACCCGAUCUUUUACCCAUCCGACCUGAUCCACGGAAUGGUCUAUCUCUAUCUGGACAAGCCCAUGACCCUGCCAGCCCUCAAGAUCGUCUUCCGAGGAGAAUCCAACUACCCGAGUUCGAAACAGCAGGAUCAUCUGGACCAUCAUAUGCGGCGGCUGUUCAGUGUGGCCAUGACGCUCUGGGGAUCACGGGAACCAAUGCCAGAGGAUCAGUGGGGACAACUACCGCCUGGGAACCAUAUAUUCCCGUUCACGGUGCAGUUGCCGGACAAGAACCUGCCGGCGUCUUUUGACCAUCCCUGGCUCAAGAACCAGUACACGCUCACGGCUUAUUUUCGACGACCGAACGGAUUAUCAAAGUGGCAGUCAAAGGCCAAGCCGAUCAACUUCAUGCCGCUGUCGACGCCCGGACUGGAACAUGGACCGAUUCAGGAGUCGUGCCCAAAGAUGGGCACAGCGUUGUUGUUGUCGCAUCCGGAUCUGACCCCCGGAGGACGGGUGCAUGUGCAACUGACUGCGGCCGCUGCGAUUGAUCGGUGUCAGUUUUCGCUGUCGAGGCAUAUUCGAGCGAGGAUCAACGAGACAACGUACAAGGAGGACGAGGUGAUUUGUCACUAUGAGCGAAAGUCGAUCCCGAAGGGCGAAUUUAAUUUGGUGUUACCGAUCCCGAAGAUCACGCCGCCGACGACGGAAUCGUCGAGUGCGCUGAAGAUCACUUAUUCGGUGCAGGUGUCGAUCUGGAAUGAGCGAUUCUUCUUCAAGACAGAGAGUCAUAAUUUCGAUAUCCCGAUCGUGAUCCGGACACUGCCCUCGUGUGAUAACCGGGCCUGCGAGGGCUUGGAUUGGUGCGAGCCCAGUGUGGAUCGGCCCAUGUUUCUGACGGAGGCGCCGAUGCAGCCGUUGCCGCUGUAUAAUGCGGACAUGAGCCCACCAACGUAUUCGACGGACUUGCCGGAGUAUGAUGAGGUUGUUGGGGCAAUAUCGGUUCAGGACCAGGACCAGGUUCAGGACCAGGACGAGGAGCAUCAUCCAGGGCAUGAACGUGAACAUGAUCGUGAUCAGGACCAGGACAGGGCUUCGACACAUUCGGCAGAGUCGAGUAACAGCGAUGUCGCGGGGCAUGAGCGCGUGGUCCCGGGUCAUGCUCACCCACACCAUCCGUCAUGUGUCUACUACGUUGCUCCAUUGGACCGCUCGGACCAGCAUGCCUCAUCCUCAUCCUCGUCCUCGUAUUCGUCAGGAUUGCAGGACAGUAUUCAAGCGGAGGGAUCCACCUCUGCCCGUUCACGCUCACUCGUGCACCCACACCCACAUGUACAGGCUGUCGACUUUUUGAAGGUGCAUACGACGCUUGAGUCAGUGUGA